UUUGUUGAUUCAUCCACACAAAAGCUGAAAUUGUGAAGUCGUCUUUCGACCAUUUAAUUCCAUUUAUCAACUUGACAUUAACAAACAUGGCAGGUACAGGAGCAAACAGUAUACCCCUUGGAGCCCUUCAUCCUAUUUUGCGAGGGCAGAAGGUGCCAGGAGGGGGUAUAACUGGACCGAUUGGUAUGCAAAUGUCGAUGCCAAUGCCGAUGCCGAUGCAGCAGCAGAUGCCAAUGGGUCCAAUGGGUGGCGGUGGUGGCGGUGAAAGCGCCAUGCUGAAUGCUGCGAGGGAGGCAGCGGCACGAGUGACGGCAAACAUCAUGGGGAAGAGACCCGCACCACCAAAUGCAGGAAAUGCAGCCAAGUCCAUGGAUUCAUCCAAUUGGCCUCCAGACAAGAAGCGAAAGAGAAGUCGUUGGGGUGGAGAGGAAACCAAGACGGUUGGAGUGGCAUCUGUUAUUCCAUCAGGACUCAAUAAAGACCAAGAGAAACAAGUCUUAAUGCACUUGCAGAUCGAAGAGAUAGGCAGACAGCUGCGAUCAGGUGACCUUGGGAUUCCAACGCAAGAGGAUAGGUCUCCGUCUCCUGAGCCAGUGUAUAACCAUGAAGGAAAGAGGCUCAAUACUCGUGAGUAUCGUACUCGCAAGAAGCUAGAAGAGCAACGUCAUAUACUCAUUCAAGACGCUAUGUUGGUCAACCCAGAGUAUAAGCCUCCUGCUGACUACAAGCCACCUAUUCAGCGAGUGAGUGACCGAGUCAUGAUACCACAAGAUGAUCACCCAGAUAUCAACUUUGUUGGACUCCUCAUCGGACCUCGUGGAAACACCUUGAAGAAGCUAGAGAAAGAUACAGGCACUAAGGUGAUGAUUAGAGGCAAGGGUUCUGUCAAGGAAGGGAAAGUUGGACGUAAAGAUGGUCAGCCAUUACCUGGUGAAGAUGAACCUCUUCAUGCAUUGGUGACUGCUAAUACAUCAGAAGCUGUUAAGAAAGCUGUUGAUCAGAUCCGUGAAAUAAUCAAACAGGGGAUUGAGACACCAGAAGGUCAGAACGAUCUGAGACGGAUGCAGCUGCGAGAAUUGGCUCGUCUUAAUGGUACACUAAGAGAUGAAGAUACCACAAGAUGUUCUAACUGUGGUGCCCUGACUCAUCGUACAUGGCAAUGCCCAGAGAAGCAAAACAUCACAGGCACCAUACAGUGUUCAAUAUGUGGAGGCACUGGCCAUAUUGCCCAGGACUGUCGUCAGAAUCCAAUGGGUGGUGGAGGACCCGGUGGCCCCAUGGGUGGAGGACCGAUGGGUGGACCUAAUGGACCUCCUCCUAGGAUGCAAGGUCCUAGUGCAGCAGAGAAAGCCAAGAUGGACUCUGAGUACAUGUCCCUAAUGGCAGAGUUGGGAGAAGGACCACCAAUGUCUGAUCCUAAAGUUGCUGGAAUGCCACCAUCUAGUCAUGGUCAUGCUGUAAUGCAUCAUAUGGGACCUAGACCUCUACUAUCGACACCUCCUGGUGGUCAAGGCAAUCAGAACCAUCCGCAUCAUCCACCACCUCUGAUGGGUCCCAAUUUCCAGCCUCCAUGGAUGAACAAAGAUCACCAUGGACCCCCAAUGCAGAACAAGCCCCCUAGUCUCCUCGGUAUGCCCCCUCCUCCACACCAUCGCGGCCCCCCUGGGGGUGGUGGUGGUAGCGGACCACCAGGUCCAGGCCAUCCACAAAACAACUUCCCUGGCCCCCCACCCCCUGGCCCACCAGGUCAGUUCAAUAUGAACCAACCUCCUCCUGGGUUGUUACCGCCCCCUAUGAUGCAACCUCCUCCUAAUAUGAUGAACGUCCCAAUGCCCCCUCCUGGUAUGGGUGGUAUGGGUGGAGGGAACCCACCAUGGGCGAUGCCACCCCCUCCACCAGCAUCACAACAUUCUGCAGCUGAAACACCGGUUACCAUUACACCAUCUCUCCAAUCAUUGGCCAACAUGCAGGCCUUGGCUAUGCCGGUACCUCCACCCCCUACCUCUCUCCUGGCUGCCCCCCCUCCACCACCCCCUAGUAGUGACCCACCACCACCCCCAUUACCAUCGACUGCACCCUGGCAGAUACAGACAAGUGCAGGUGGGAGACCGGUGGCCACGAGUACCGGCUCUGUCACCACGCCACCAUGGCAACGCUUCACACAAGAGGGUGGUGUCAAUGUUUCGGCUGCAAGUCUCCCAUGGCAACAAGCUGCAGUGGCAUUAACAACAGCCAAUAUUGGAUCAUCAAUGUUACCAUGGCAACAACUUCUACAGCAGCAGCAAGUUUCCACGGUUACCACUCCAGUAACUGGUACCCAGGCAUCUCUGAGUGUGCCACCCCCUCCGCUUCAAUGGGCACCUCCCCCUCCUCCAAUGCAGUCUCCGCCCCCAAUGGCUAUGCCUCCCCAAGGAGCCCCUCUCCCCCAGUUUCAGCCUCCAAUCCCACAGGGUCCGCCACCCCCUAUGCCUGGGAUAAUGCCUUACGGUCAGCCCCCACCCCCUCUGUCUCAAAUCCCUGGUCUUGGACAACCUCCUCCACCUCCUCCCCCAUCUAGUUAAAGUCUCAAUAUUGAGACAUUAUUUAGGCCAUUAUCAUGAUUUAAUAGACGGACAUUUGCAUCGGGGAGCAAGUCGGGUGGUGACUAGAGGCGGAUUAGACUAACAGAAACCAUGGAGCACAGGGAUAUUGACUAUACCAACCAAGCACUUGAGCAUGGUCGACUAUUAUCAAUUCCAGAACUACACGUCUGGAGCACAGGGAUAUUGACUAUAUCGAACCAAGCACUUGAGCAUGGUCGACUAUUAUCAAUUCCAGAACUACACGUCUGGAGCACAGGGAUAUUGACUAUAUCGAACCAAGCACUUGAGCAUGGUCGACUAUUAUCAAUUCCAGAACUACACGUCACAGUUUCAGGUCAAGUGUAGUUGCUCACCAGGGCCCAAUUUCAUAGAGCUGCUUAAGCAGAAAAUUUGCUUAUGCUUAACAAAUCAUUGCCUUUAAAAUCAGAGUAUCUGCCAAGACUCCACUCAAUUGCUAUGCGAAGUAAACAGCAGCUACCAGUCACAAGCGAUGUAUAUGGCAUAAAGUUUGGGCCAGUAACAUGUGUAAAUAAUUAUCAAGCUAUUUUCGUGCCUAAGCAAUUUGUUUGCUUAAGUAGCUCUAUGAAAUUGGCCCCUGAACUUGCUCCAUGAUAAUGAAUAUCAGUUUUGGUUUUACCCAUAAACACCAAUGUGUGUUAGCACUGUGUCAUUAUCAUGAUGAUAUCAUAUUUAGUCUGGCCCCAUCUAUGUCAUUAGCAUUAUUAAGCAUAGAUUUUCAUUGUACUGGCAAGUUGCCAGACUUAUUAUUUUUUCCUUUUACUGGGGUUUUGGUAUUACUUUGGUUUGAGAUGAUGGCACCAUGAUAAGUUCUGCAGGUAGUUGCCCCUGGUCAUUUCUUUUGACCAUUGCCCCUGACAAUGUUUCCCCUUGUUGCCCCUGAGGCCUGGUCGCUGCCCUCUUUGUCAUUACCCCCUUGCCAGUGCCUCUAGGUUAUGCCCCUGGUCAUUGCACUUGUUUUGUGCCCCUUGUAGUUGCCCUUUGUCUUUGCCCUUUGUCAUUACCCCUGGUCAUUGCCCCUUUCACAUUGGUUGUGUUAUUAUUUGAAUGUACAUACAAUAUUUUAAAAGAAGUUGUCUUUUUAUAUUGACUUGAAGUUUCAUCUUUAAGAAUGAAGUGAUGGAUUUCAGAUGAAUUACUAAGGAGGGGAAAUAUUUGUUGAUUAUAACUAGUCAGUAAAACAUGUCAUAAAAGGAAGUGUCAAUGCAAAUGAUAUGUCUUUGUGUUAAUCAUUAUAAUUAAAAUUACUUAUUACUUAUUCCAAGUGAAAAAAAACCAACCCUUGGAUUAGUUUCAUUGAGGUCUCCAGUGUACAUGUUAAGUCUACAAACUCAAUUGUUGAAUUGUUUGGAAUGUUUGAAUGAUUAUUGAUAAUAAUGUGUUCCAUUCCCUCGAAGACUAUGUUGACCCUUUUUUAUUUAAAUAAAUUUGAUUUCCGUGUUUGCUUCUUAUGUAAAAUAUCAGCGACUUUUAUUCAGACAUUUGCUUUUGAAAUUUUCUUAUAUAUCUGUUAAUUUUUCAUUUGUUUCUCUUUCAUUUUUUUCUUAAUUGGAAUUUUCUUACUCGGCUGGCUUUAAUCAUUGUAGCGACAGCCAUAGCUAAAUGUUACAUGUACUUGGCUGGGCUGGCUGUAAUGUACAUGAACAGCUGUGGCCGUAUUGCUAAAGCAUCAAUUUGGACUUAUUCUUAAUUGGCUGACUUAAUGGUGGGAUUGCCGUACAUGUAUUGCUAAAAUACUAUCUGGGACUUAAUUCUUACUUGGCUGAAUACAAUGUAGCUUUACUGUUCAGCCAUAUCCGUGCAGUUCAAUUCAAUCAGGAAAGUAUGCAUCACUUUUAUGAUAUUUGCGCAAUUUCCAUCAAUAAGGAAAUAUUUUCUAAAUGUUAAAUAAAAUGUGGCUAAAUCACUCCGUGUACGCCCUAUAUACAUUGUAAUUAUCCCCUUAUACUGUGAAAAAGAACUGUCAAUAAAUUCGACCAUACUGGGAACAAAACA